AUGGCAAUGAAGUUUGCUUUGUUUGUGUUACUAGUAGCAGUCGCUAAUGGAGCUGUUGUGAAUAAGAUAAGUGAUGAAGAUCAAGAAUUGGCUUUGGAAAUUGAGCAGGCGAUUCGAGAGAUGAAUUUAGAUGACUUCCAUGCUACUGGCUACAACCCAAUUUGUGAAGCUUGUAAACUAGGAUUCACGAUUGCUAAGAGAGUUCUUGGUAAUAGCAACAAUAUCACUAGAGAGGCUUUGGAAAAGACUUUGGAGGUGAGCAAAAUAUUUAUAUCUUAUGGACAUAGCUUUUACAUGGUCUACAAUAUCCAUAAAACAUUUUUUUAAAAAUUUUUUAUGUGUAGAAAGGUCAUAAAAAGUCUUGCCGCUAAUUUACAUUGUUAUUCAACAGAAAACACGACAAGACUUUUAAGAAAUUUAAAAAUCGAAAAAACUACUCAAUUUCAAUUAAAAAUGCCAUUUUAUAUCAACCAUAAUUCUUCAGAUCACCUGCUCUUUAAUCCCCAAGCCCUUGCCAGGCCGCAAAGAAUUUUGUGAAAAUCUUGGCCCAGCCGUUAUCGACCUCAUCUAUCACAUCAUCAAUGAAGUUGACAAGGGUAUUGUGCCCGAACAUGACUGCCAAUUGAUCUUCCUUUGCCCAUGGAACCCAGAGACCACGGUAGUUCCAACUGAAACGCCAUUACCCACUACGCGAGUAACAACUACUACUGUUGAGCCAGUCACUGACAACAACUUUUAA